CCCCCUCUCUCUCCGUGUCUGUUUUAUUGCACUGAGAUUUAACAUUAUCUUACGAGGGGGGGAGAAAGGACAGAGAUGAAUUAGGGGCUGUUUGCUUUGGAAUAGUGAUUUAGUAGAAAUAAGAAGAGUUAGUAGAAAUAAGAUCAAGGGCGAGCUAGUAGAAAUAAAGAUCAAGGGCUUGUGUGGUUUGCUUCUUGUGUUUGGUUUUGAACAUGUGAGGGCUCGUGAAAGUGGGUAUUCUCUGUUUCUCCUGAAGGAUCUUUAAUUGGAGUGUUUCUUUGCGGUUUUGCUGUUGAAACUUUUCUCUGAAGGACCGGUUAUGAUGGCUGCUAGUAAUGAAGUCAACCUCAAUGAGUCCAAGAUGGUUGUACCUCUGAACACAUGGGUCCUCAUCUCCAAUUUCAAGUUGGCUUACAAUCUUCUUCGCCGCCCUGACGGUACAUUCAACCGGCACUUAGCAGAGUUCCUUGAUAGGAAAGUACCAGCUAAUACAAAGCCGGUUCUGGGAGUUUUCUCAUUUGAUGUAAUCAUUGACCGUAGUACCAGCCUCCUUAGCCGGAUCUAUCGUCCUGCUGAUGGGGAACAGCCUCAAUUAAACAUUGCUGAUCUUGAAAAGCCUGUGACUGGUGAGGUUGUCCCGGUCAUAAUCUUUUUUCAUGGUGGAAGCUUUGCUCACUCCUCUGCAAACAGCGCUAUAUAUGACACGCUAUGUCGUCGACUAGUGGCCAUUUGUAAGGUUGUUGUGGUCUCUGUGAAUUAUCGCCGUGCACCCGAGAACAGGUACCCAUGUGCUUAUGAUGAUGGUUGGGCUGCUCUUAACUGGGUUAAUUCCAGUUCAUGGCUUCGAAGUAAGGACUCGAAAGUUCAUAUAUACUUGGCCGGGGAUAGUUCUGGAGGUAACAUUGUACAUCAUGUUGCUUUAAGAGCAGUAGAGUCAGACAUUGAAGUUUUGGGCAAUAUACUGCUCAACCCUAUGUUUGGUGGGCAAGAGAGAACUGAAUCUGAGAAGCGGCUAGAUGGAAAAUACUUUGUUACUAUCCAAGACCGAGACUGGUAUUGGAGAGCAUUCCUACCUGAAGGGGAAGAUAGAGACCAUCCAGCUUGUAACCCAUUCGGUCCCAAGGGUAAUUUCCUUGAAGGAAUUAAGUUCCCCAAGAGCCUUGUUGUGGUGGCUAGUUUGGACCUUAUUCAGGACCGGCAGUUGGCUUAUGUCAAGGGGCUCGAGAAGGCUGGCCAAAAGGUGAAACUUUUAUAUCUGGAGCAGGCAACAAUUGGCUUUUACUUGUUGCCUAACAACAAUCACUUCUAUACUGUCAUGGAUGAGAUAAGUAACUUUGUGGGUUCUGACUGUUAAUAGACUUAACUUUUGCCUACAGGCAGUCAUUCACAACAACUGCUUGACAUCCCUGUCGGUAUUUAAGAGGUUGCGUGCAGUAUAUAAGAUUGUGUAGAAAUACUACUUACUGUUUUAUUCAUCAUGGCAUCGCUACCGUUCUGCUUCUUGGGGUCUGGUUUCUCUUCUUGGUAUAAGGGUGGCUGGGCUUGAUUGUUGGGUGCAGAAGGUAUGGUUCAGCAUGUAGCUGGACCAAAACUGUUUUUGUGGUGGAAAUCCUGUUGUCUGGAAAACUGUGGAAUUGGUUUGAUGAAGUUUUUUAUGGCGGCAGGAGCCACCUGACUUAGUUUAGCAGACAUCAAAUUUAAGAUUACCCAUUCUGCCUUCCGGCAAGGAAAGGGAGGAAGAAGAGUGUUGGGGUAACAUUUGGUGGCCGAUCAAUUGGGAUCAGGCAUUGCUAGUGUUAUAUAAAUAUAUAUAUAUAUAUAUAUAUCUAAUUUUAGAACGUGGAUGGAAAAUGUCCAUGGUAUUGUAAUCCUAUAUGUACGUACAUAUGUUCUAGCUUAAUAUAGAGUGUUUGCUUA